AUGGCCAUCUCACUACCUGCCGUCUUGACAACCCUCGCCCCCUACCACCUCAUAUCCUACGCGACCCUGCUCGGCUCCUCGCUCUUCCAGACCUUCGUCAACACCAAGAUCUGCUACACCGAACUCCCGAGAUCCGCCUUCACGACCCUGCAGAAGCGCCUCUUCCCGGUUUACUUCCGGUGCCAGGCUCUUCUCCUCGUCCUGACCGCCGCCACGUUGCCCCCCUACGGCCCGGCGUCCCUGCUGCGCGACAGGCGCGACUGGAUCCCCUUCGCGGCCAUCGGCCUCACGACCAUGGCGAAUCUCUUCACGUACGGUCCGAGGACGCGGCAGGCCAUGAUCGACCGCACGCAUCAAGAAACCCGCGACGCAAAGCGGCCUGAUGGCGUCGAGGAGCCGAGCCCGGACAUGCGCGCCGUCAAGAGGCGGUUCUCGAUGAACCAUGCCAUGAGCAUCCACCUCAACCUCAUCGGCCUCUUCGGCAUGAUGUGGUACGGUGUGAGGUUGGCUUCUAGACUGAACAUUGAAAUGGACUGA